GUGUGCGUUCCCUGUCACUCAUUAUUCUCCAGCUCAGUGGCAAAAUAAUAACAGUCAGAAAAUACUCUGCGAAGAACGACGAAAAAGUGAAAAACUCAAGUCUUACGCUAGAAAGUAGCGGAAUUUCACUGAAAAACCCAUUGAAAUUAUUUUUCGUAUCACGUUGCAUUAGUUCCUCACCUUGAAACAAAAAGACUCAUUCGUAGUUCGAAUUGUAUUUUACAGUUUCAAUGUACUUGGCUCCAGCUGGAUAAAUAUUCCGGCACUACUUGAACCAUUGUAAUCUAAUCGGCCAAAACAUGAGAAAACUAUUGUUGCUUGGUUGCACCCUGCUGCUUCUACUCGGACAAGUCUGGUGCGAGUUGGAACUGAAGGGACCAGAAGAAAGUUCGGUCCGGCGAAAGGCGACAGAAAACGAAAAGCCCGAGCCAGACGAACCCAAGGAAACAUCGAACGACCGAAAGUCCGCCGAAGGGCUAUUGGAAAAAUCUCUGGAGAAGGACGAAACGAAGCUUCAACCGCCAACGGAAGAUGAGGAGGCAAAAUCGAACAGCGACAAGUCCGGUGGGUAUGACAUUUUACCCGAUGAGUUGCAAUUUAUGAGAUCGGCCAUAAAAAUCGUGAAAGCACCAGACUUAUCGCAGGACAAGGAAAGCCGCAAGAUGUCGGAGAUGCUGAACGAACUGCUCGAGAAUCACGAGCGGAUGAUCCUGAAGAUUGAGAUUGAAAUCGAUGCAAUUAAUCGGAUCGUUCCGAGUGAUGGAGAUCAAACAGAGAAGCCGUUGACGGCGGAGGAAUUGGAGGCUCAGGAAGCGUAUGAUAGGGCUAUGGUUGUGUUGAAUAAAACUAAAGUGGAUAAACUGCAGGGGCACAAGUUGAUGCUGGAGGCCGCCGGAAAGGGCCACCCGCUGGCCAGAAGCCACGUUGCUUGGGCUCAGCUGCUGGGGAAUCCCGUUCAUAUGGACAUUGAGUCGGCCAGGAAAACAUUUCUCGAACUGGCUGACGACGGGUUACCGGAAGCUCAAAUGGGGCUUGGUUUUAUGUAUGCCACCGGGAUUGGAUUCAACGUGAGUCAAGGAAAAGCGCUAGUUUAUUACACGAUGGCCGCGCUGGGAGAUAAUUCUUGGGCGCAGAUGGCACUCGGCUAUCGGUACUGGGCGGGUGUUGGUGUGCCGAAUAGCUGCGAAACGGCGCUGGAUUUCUAUCGGAAAGUUGCCACAAAAGUGGCAAAUCAGGUUACCUUUUCGGGUGGUGCGGCCGUUCAUCGCAUUCGACUUCUGGAUGAGGUGGAGAAUUCCGGGCCAAGUUCGGGAAUUUUGGACAAUGAUUUGAUUGAUUACUAUCAGCUGUUGGCGGAUAAGGGAGAUGUUCAAGCGCAGGUCGGAUUGGGACAACUGCACUAUCAGGGUGGUCGGGGAAUACCGCUUGACCAUCAGAAAGCGUUACAGUACUUUAGUCAGGCUGCCAAUGCAGGUAAUGCGGUCGCCAUGGCCUUCCUUGGCAAGAUUUACCUAGAGGGAAGCGAUAACAUCAAAGCUGACAACGACACUGCUUUCAAGUACUUCAAAAAGGCAGCUGAUUUGGGGAAUCCCGUCGGUCAGAGUGGGUUGGGGAUAAUGUUUCUUCAUGGUAAAGGAGUGCCAAAGGAUACGGCUAAGGCGCUGAAGUUUUUCACCCAAGCUGCCGACCAGGGCUGGGUCGACGGACAACUGCAGCUGGGAAAUAUGUACUUUAGUGGAAUCGGUGUGAAGAGGGAUUUCAAACUGGCAAACAAAUACUUCAACCUGGCGUCACAGUCUGGCCACGUGCUUGCUUUCUAUAACCUUGGCCAAAUGCACGCCGUUGGGCUGGGCAUGAUGCGAUCAUGUCCCACUGCGGUGGAGUUGUUUAAAAAUGUAGCGGAACGUGGUAAAUGGGCCGAGCGUAUGAUGGCUGCCCAUCAGGACUAUCGGACGUAUCGCUUCGAGGAAGCUUUUCUGCAGUAUGCUCUGAUGUCGGAACUUGGUUACGAAGUAGCCCAAAGUAAUGCGGCUUUCCUACUCGAUCGGGGUGAAAUUAAUCUGUUCAAGGGCAGAGAUGAGGAGCUGAUCAGAGCGUUGCAGUUUUGGGGCCGCGCCGCAGCCCAAGGCUACUCGGCGGCUCAGGUGAAGCUGGGUGACUACCACUAUUACGGUCUGGGAACGCUUGUGGACUUCGAGACGGCUGCCUCCCACUAUCGAAUGGCUUCCGAGCAACAGCACAACGCACAAGCGAUGUUCAACCUGGGCUACAUGCACGAACAAGGUCUCGGUAUGAAGAAGGACAUCCACCUCGCGAAGCGGUGCUACGAUCUGGCUGCGGAAACGAGCGCCGAUGCGAAGGUUCCCGUCACGCUGGCACUGAUGAAGCUCCAGCUGCUGUUCAAGCUGGAGUCACUCAAGGAGUCCCCAUUCAACGUGCUGCUCAGUCUGGACGAGAACAUCGCCUCCAACUGGGAUCUGUACUUGAUCACACUGCUCACGGUGCUACUUGGAGCGGCGCUCUACUUCCGAAGGCCUCCGGGACCGGGAGCUGCCCAACCGGCGGUGCCGAUCGUGCAACAGCAACCACCACAGCACCACCAACAACCACCUGACGAAGUUCCGCUGCUGGAGAGACCUGCGGCAACGGAUCCUGCGGCAACCCCUAGUAGUUCAACCGAUAGUUCCCAACCGCGCCGACAGCAGCGCGAAGAUACACCGCAAUAGAAACAAAAAUCCACUAUGUACUGUUUUUUUUUUUUUGUUUUAUUCCUUCGUUCUGAACUGAUUUUUUAUUCCUAGUGAAAAACGCCCAAAAACUGCAGGCGAUGAGAGUAUUUGCUGUUUGCUUUUUUCCACCUCUGGUGAUAAAUGUGAAUUCGAGCAAGUUUGAUCUGUCGGCUAUCAAAUACUGAAUGAAUGGAAGUGAGUAUCAGUGUGAACUACAACGCAUAUUAUAAGUGUACACUCUGUGAGACA